AUGGGCUCUCUGUGCUGCUGCCUGCAGGCGGACCAUUCGGAGGACUUUUCUCUUGCAAACUCUUCCAUAUAUGGAAACUGUGUGUGCCUCAGGUUCUUGAUUGGGCAGCUGCUCCACGCGGUAUGUCCUUUGCAGUUUAUGCUCUUCUGAGCUCUUUCUACUGCGUUUUUUUGGUUCUAUUGAUGAUGCUGAGAUCUCAGUAUUUGAUAUUGAAAUUAUUUAUUUCCCAAUAAAUCUGCGCAUCAAGCUUGAAUAACCUACUCUUAGAUUUCAGUCUUUUUAGAACAACUUUCUCAUCUUCUCCACCCCCUUGUGUUUACUAAUUCCAAGAAGAUUUCACUAGAACCCAUCACCUCUGAUGUAUUAUUAUGUUGGAAGAUUUUCCUUUUUUUUUCCAAAUCUUAUCUGUUCUUCAGGACAAUUGUUCGUCUUCGAUAGCUCAAAUCUUCGGAAAAAUUUCCCAUUUUGGAAAAAAUACAUGUAUAUAUGCACUCAAAUCUUCAGAAAAAAUUACCCAUUUUGGAAAAAAAUACAUGUAUGUGUAUACUCAAAUCUUCAGAAAAUUUUCCCCAUUUUGGAAAGAAAACAUAUAUACAUACACUCAAAUCUUCAGGAAAAAUUCCCCAUUUCGUACAUGUAUAUAUAUGCUUCUUUUCCCAUGAUGAAUCAAUGAAUCUGUGGCUGACUGACCCUUCCCUAUCCUAUUGCUACUUGCAGUACACCUCUCUCUUCCAACAAGAACAUCCGACUAUCACUCCGGCCAGGCCGGUCUCUUCUGACCCACCGGGAGGAACUGGGGAUAAUUCAAUGGCCGACACCUUCCGGGCCCCACCGAGGCCUCUUCCUUAUGACGACCCCCGAUGCUCCCCACUGUACAGGGGGGAGAGGCCGAUUGCCGGGUUCAGCAAGGCCUCGAGCCAUUGCCACGAGGAAUCAGAGCCCCUCAGAAGGACCCUGAGUGGGCCUGAUGCAGAGCCCGCUUGGGCGGCCGAUAAGCUGGACGGGCCCGAUGGCGGCGGGGGCCAGUCCAAGCCGUGCCCUUCCGAGCUGCUGCUGAAGCAGUGGCCGAGUGAAGUGGCAUAUGUUUUUCCCUCUUUUGAGGAUGAAGAUGUCUGCCCCACUUGCCUCGAAGGUGCUCUUAAAAACCUCCUAAUCUCUUCAAAAAAUUUAGUUAGUAAUUUCUUGUACUUAAUUAAUAUUGGUCUGUGUGAGAGGGGGUUCCUCUGUAAAUUUUUACUAAAAAUGGUGAAAGUUGCUUGAUGAUUGGGGAGGCUGAUCUUAAGGGGUUGUCCUUUUUUUUCUUUUUCUUUUUUUUUUCCUUUUUUUUUGGGUAGGGGGGUUGCGGUUGUUUACCUCGAUGUUCGUGUUGGAUGCAGAGUAUACUCCAGAGGACCCCAGGAUCAUCAUGCAGUGCUCUCACCAUUUCCACCUUGGCUGUAUAUAUGAGUGGAUGGAGAGGAGUGAGGCCUGUCCGGUCUGCGGAAAGGUAGCGCCGCCCCUAUUGCCUUUUUUUUCUUAUAAUUUAUUUUUAUUGCUGUGGGUUUUUUCUCUUUGUCAAGGAUUACAACACAUGGGUGGCAUUCAUAAUUCUCGAGGUUUUCCCCUAGAAAAAAGAAAAUUGUUGGCAGGGGUUCUAACGGAUUUAAGGGAUGUCUGUAUGCUUUCCUUCUACGUGGUUCUUUCAUAAUUUUGGCACUUGGCUCUCCGUGGCAGGUGAUGGUGUUCAGUGAGAGAACAUGAGAGCGGGCCCCGCUCUCUCUCUCUCUCCUCAUUCCCUGUCCUUGAUUUUUCGUCAGUCGUCGUCUUGUACAUAAAGAUAGUUGUGUAAUUAUUGUCUACUUGCUUAUGAAAGGCUGUUGGCACGCGUCUAGAUUGCAUAUCUCUCUCUCUCUCUCUCUGUCUAUAAAUGGGUUGUUCUUAGGGGAGUAGAAAUUGGAAGGCAGCCGUCUUAUUGGAGCGGUGAGGGAACCACAGACAAACCAUGUGGGACGAUUUCCCACGUGUUUGCGGCGCUACUACCAGCGAGUGGGCCCUUGCCGCCGUUCGAGCGCCGGCUGAGUGGCCGGCUUCCCAGAAAGCGCGCCGUUCUCCGGAAGACACAACUAGUACUGCGAGAUAUUAUACUAGGCCUUGAUGGAAGGAGAGGAAAGGAAAAGACACUUCUACUACCCGUUCUUGUGGCUGAGCAUCCACGCCGGCAGCUUUGUCGCCGGCGGCAGCGCCGGCUCCUCGACGGUCGGCUGCAAGAACCUGCGUCACAGCAGACGGUUAAAUCUCUCACUAGAGAGAGAGAGAGAGAGAGAGAUGUGAUAAAGGAUAUAAACAGAAAUGAAGUCAUGUAUUAUAAAUGUUCUAACUAGUAUAAGUUGGGAGGGUUUUGAUAAUAUGAAGGUAGUUGGUGGGGGUGUACCCGAUGUUGAGCGCGGUGGGGGGAGAGUCGGUGACGGUAAACGACGGCGGGGAGGAGGAGGUGCUGGUGGCGCUCUGGUAGAGCGGCUGGUGCUGCGGAUGAUCCCAGAGCGAGUGGUGGUGAGAGAGAGAGAGGGCCGCCUGCUCUUUCUCUUUGAGCUGCGCACGGUUGGAGAAUAGAAUGAGCAUCUGGGUAAGAAAUCACCGUGUCUUUUUCUUUUCUCUUUCUCUAUUUUUUGUUUGAGGGGGGAGCUGGGGGGAGCGACUUACCGUGACCCACAUCAUGUUGUUCUCCUCUUGGAGUGCCACCACCUGUUUCGGAGAGAGUUUAGAGGGGGGAGGAUUAAUUGGGUUCGUCGCAUUGUUCACUCAAGAAGUAUGCUAAUUAGAUUGAACCAAAUUAAAAAUGUGAUGACGCUGGAUCACUUCAUGGCGCAGAGAUAGCUUUCCUCUAAUGUGAGUAAGAUCUGGGCGCACCUUUCUUUGAAUGUCGGAGAUGGAAUCGAAUUGCAGAUGGCUCUGUAGGAAAAGACAACAUGAAAGGGUCAUGUGAAGGCCCAAAGUUAUGA